AUGCCCCUCCCACUGCCAACCAGGAGGAGGCAGCUAUCGGUACUCGCCCAAACCCAAGGGCUAUAUUCACACGGCCAAAGGCCAAGCACACACAGCAACAGUCUUGAACUGGCACGCAGGCAGGCAGGGGCGUUGAUGAAAACGCACCUCUGCACAAAAUGCUCUCUCUUUUUGUCUCUCUCUCUCUCGAUUCGUCUCUCUCUCUCUCUCUCUCUCUCUCUCUCUCUAAAUCUCUCUCUCUCUCUCUCUAAAUCUCUCUCUAAAUCUCCAAAUCUCUUCAAUUCUCUCUCUCUAAAUCUCUAA